CAGGCGGUGGAUAAUUUGACAGAUAAUUUCCCUUCGAAAAAUCGAUAUUGAGUUCUGGUUUAACAUAAUGAAUGCUGGGGAUUUAGCCAAUGGAAGCAAAUACCAGUGCAUAUCGAUCAGUAACGCGAGCAUAUCGAAAUGUAGGGUAUUAUAGGUCAUGAACAGUUUAAUAAACAUCGCAGCGGUGACUGGUCGAGGACACCUGCCGAGCUGGAAAGGAUUGAAUCAACAACUGAGCAAAUCACGGUCAAAAUCGGCAACAACUACCUGUUCCAAUCUACUUGUGGUAGUCGAGUCCCAAGAAUAUCUUCUUACGUUCUAAAAUUUGUCUGAAAAUGGAAUUUAGAAGUAUUUUGGUGCUGACUAUUUUACUCUCUCUGCAAAUAUGUGAGAGCAUGAAAAAUAAAACUCUCACCAUUGGGGCCAUUUUCCCGAUGUCAGGAAGCUGGGCCGGAGGGAAAGCUUGUCUUCCAGCUGUUGAGAUGGCACAGGAAGAUGUAAAUGCAAGACUUGACAUUCUACCCGAAUACAAAUUGGACAUGAAAUACAAUGACAGCAAGUGUAUGGGUGGCCUUGGCACAAAGGUUCUCUAUCAGCUCUUGUAUGAACCACCAACAAAGAUCCUCGUCCUCACGGGCUGCAGCAUAGUCUCCACCUUCGUGGCACAGGCAGCAAAAAUGUGGAACCUGGUUGUGCUUGGCUAUGGCUCCAGUUCCCCAGCACUUUCCAAUCGAGAGAGGUUCCCAACUUUCUUCCGCACCCAUCCAUCAGCCACUCUACAUAAUCCAACGAGGGUGAAAGUUUUUCAGAAGUUUGGCUGGACUCGCAUAGCCACAAUACAACAAACGGAAGAGGUCUUUUCUUCAACAGUCAAAGAUUUGGAGGCGAGAGUGAAAGCUGCAGGCAUCAGCAUUGACGUCCGACAGAGUUUCCUCACAGACCCCACCAAUGCUGUCAGGACACUUAAGCGUGGAGAUGCUCGGAUCAUCGUCGGUGUGUUUUAUGAAGACAUGGCCAGGAGGGUGUUUUGCCAGGUGUACAAGGAGGGCCUGUACGGCAAGAAGUAUGUGUGGUUCAUCAUCGGCUGGUACCCCGACAACUGGUACAAGCAGGCAGAUCCCAGCAUCAACUGUACAGUGGAGCAGCUAGAGGAGGCCUUGGAGGGACAUUUCACCACUGAAGCCGUCAUCCUCCACCAGGAGCCCACCAUCACUGAAGUCGGACUGACGGCAAAAAAUUUCACGGAAAGACUGAAUAAACGACUAAAUGUAACAGAUACAAGCCAGGUCACUGGUUACCCAGAAGCCCCUCUGGCUUAUGAUGCUGUCUGGGCAAUGGCUUUCGCCCUGAACAAAACAGCAGCUAGGCUGGCAGAGAAGGGCAUGAAGCUCGAGGACUUUGACUACUACAACAAGAAGAUCACUAACGAGAUAUACUCUGCCAUGAAUACUACCAAGUUCCUUGGAGUGUCGGGCAAUGUGGCCUUCUCUUCUCAAGGUGACAGAAUAGCCUGGACCCAGAUAGAGCAGAUGAUCAAUGGGACAUACUACAAGCUGGGCUACUAUGAUUCUAUGGCUGAUAAUUUGACAUGGUUUGACAAGGAGAAAUGGAUAGGUGGAAAGUCACCACCCGACCGGACAAAGGUCAUUGACCAUCUGCGUGUUGUGUCAAAGAUGUUGUACUUUGCGAUGUGUGCCCUUGCUGCUGUUGGCAUCAUCGUUGGGAGCGUCUGUCUCGCCUUCAACUACACCAACAGGCACAGAAGGUGUGUAGCACUGUCCCAGCCCAGCAUCAACAGUCUCACUGUCAUCGGCUGCAUGCUCUGUCUCUUCUGUAUCUUCCUCCUGGGGCUUGAUGGGAAGUUUGUAUCGCCACAGAGAUAUCCUGUCAUUUGCCAGGUGGAGGCAUGGCUGUUGUCGGUGGGGUUCACGCUGGGAUAUGGCAGCAUGUUCUCGAAAAUCUGGACAGUGCAUCAGCUGACAACAUCACGCAAGAAGGAUCGAAAAUCAGUAAAGAGCUGGGAGCUGUACAUCGUGGUGACCAUCCUGCUCCUGCUGGACAUCAGUGUGCUGGUGGCAUGGCAGAUCCUUGACCCCCUGCAGAGGAAGCUGGAUCUCUUCAGCCUAGAGGCACCAACCGACACCGAGGAGGACAUCCAACUCCGCCCAAUGCUAGAACACUGCAACUCCGACAACCUCACUGUGUGGCUGGGUGUGUUGUUCGGCUACAAGGGGAUCCUGCUUAUAUUUGGUAUCUUCCUGGCGUACGAGACACGCAGUGUCAAGCUGAAACAGGUCAACGACUCCCGCUUCGUCAGCAUGGCUAUCUAUAAUGUUGUUGUUCUCUGCGUCAUCACUGCACCAAUCAGCCUCAUCAUCGGCAAUCAGGAAAACGCCACAUUUGCAUUUGUGGCGCUGGCCAUUGUCUUGUGCAGCUUCCUCUCCAUGGGCCUCAUCUUCGCACCCAAGAUGAUUGAGAUUGUCCGCAACCCACAACGUAAUGGACAGGAAGUGAGAUCCCUGACUGACUCGCUGGUGAGCCGUGAGGAGGAAGAGAGACACCAGCGUCUCUUGGCGGAGAAUGAACAACUCAAGAAACAGAUUGCAGAGAUGGAAGACAGAGUCCGUGAGCUGAACAACCGACUGCAAGAGAAAACACAACAGCGAGAGCAACUCACACAAGGUCAAAGCCAGGUCACUGGUCGUAUCACUGUGGAUACGGGGGAGGUAGAGGUUGAAGCUAACGAUAUCGGGGCAGGAGAUCGUGAGGUGGGAGAGUCAUCACAUCUACUUGGGAAGUCAUUUGCGGAGGAUGGGAACAUCACUGUGGAUCCAAACUCUGAUUCAGGACUUGCUAGUGGCUCGUUUGCCAAAAGCUCAAAAACAUCUGCAUCAGAUUCAGAACCUUUCUGUUGAAGGGGAGAGAUCAGGUUAUGUCAAACCAAAGCCAAGGUCUUUGUUUUUCUCAUUGUUCUUCCCAAUUUGUUCAGUUUGUGUCACAGAAGUAGAUGCUGUUAUGGUGUUUUCACUGAACUGAUGACCUAGCUACAUCACAAUAGAAUUCCCUAUGUGAUAUGUCAGCCAUUGUUGAUGGUGUACAGACAUCUUGCCUGAGGACUUAUGGGUAAUAGAUCCUGUGACACUAAAUAAUAGCACAAUAAUGUAGGCCUUUCAUUUUUUAAGUGAUGAUAGGUUUCUUUAGUGUUGAAGUGAUGUCAAUAUUUCUAUACUCUACUUCAGAGUUCCAUGCGAUCAACAUAGUUCCUAUGCCACAGACCAACUCAUGUGACAGCUUGUCAGAUGUUACUCAAACCAUUCAACAAGUUACAGGUUAAUCUUCAAUUUCAUUACUUAAUUCUGCAUACUUUGUAAACAAAUGUUACAAAAUGUUCAUUGACAUAAUGUAAACAUGAAACACUGUCCAUUUUGAUAUUUGUAAUUUGUUUACAAAGACUUUACGGUUGACAUGCAUUCACUAGACAUUUGAAUCCUUAGAUAGCUAAACAUAAUGUCACUUUGAUGUGUAAAGAUACAUUAUAAUAUUCAAGGCCACAAUUUAGUAUAAUAUUUCAGAUUUUGCAAAAUAAUUUAUAAAUUACACUGACAGACUUCCAAUAGAUCAUGAUACUCUGAUUUCAAUGUAAGCACAUUUGUGUACAAACCAGAGAAUUGUCCAGUAACAUGAUACACUAAUGGCAGUGCUGUAAUGCUGAGUCAUCAGAUUUCUAUACUGCUACGUUUUGCUCUGUCUUCCGAACCAUGUUCUCCAUACACCUUCCUAUGUUUCAUCAGCCAAUAUUCAGCCAGUCAUUUAUUAUCAAAUAUCUCCUGUAUGUUUUUGUUGAAGUCAUUCAUCUGCCAAUGGUUUUGUUGAAGUCAUUCAUCUGCCAGCAGUCAAGCAGUCAUUCAUCCACAAAUAUCAACUGUAUGGCUUUGUUGAAGCCAUUCACCUGCCAAUAUUCAACCAGUCAUUCAUCCACAAAUAUCAACUGUAUGGCUUUGUUGAAGUCAUUCACCUGCCAAUAUUUCAUGUA